AUGGAAAAGACACAAGCCAAAACUGCUUCAGGCCCAGUCACAUGGAUGUCUCUUCCUCGAAAAGACCAGCUCUUCAUUCUUUUUCUCUCGCGAUUUGUCGACUUCUUGCAGGUCGCGUCUCUCCAGGCAUAUGUCUUCUACCAACUCAAGACCUUCGACGACUCUCUUUCAGAUGCCCAUAUUUCUCAGCAGGCCGGGAUCCUGCAGGGUUGCUUCACGGGCGCCCAGGUGAUGACGGCCAUUUUAUGGGGUAAAGCCGCUGAUGCAAGCUGGUGUGGUCGCAAAUGGGUGCUGGUGAUUGGACUCGCGGGGACGGCGAUAUCGUGUCUGGGUUAUGGGUUUGCGACGACUUUCUUUUGGGCGGCGUUUUGGAGGGCCUUUGGUGGUGCAAUUAAUGGGACUGUAGGCAUUAUUCGUACUAUGAUUGCCGAAAUCACGAAAGAGAAAAAGUACCAAUCUCGAGCGUUUCUAAUUCUUCCCAUGAGUUUCAACGUUGCGGGAAUCUUGGGCCCAAUCAUGGGAGGCAUGUUGGCCGACUCGAGCAAGACACUUCCUGGUUUGUUUGGAGACAAGGCUGUCUUUGGAUUUCAGUGGAUACGAGACUAUCCGUACGCCUUACCGAGUCUCAUCAAUGCUGUUAGCUUAUCCAUUGUAACAGUGAUAGUGUUUCUCUUCUUGGAGGAGACAUCAAGAUCACGACAACACAAAUUUGACUUUGGUCUCCAUCUUGGGUCUCGGCUUAAAGCCACCAUGUUUGGUGACAAGCAAACUGAUGACUACGCUCGGGUUCCUGCCUGGGAGGACCGUGCCAUGGAUAAUUUUGAAGACAAGCAUAUCCCGGCAGAAACGCCUACCCCAUCGCUGAGCCAGCUCCCCUUCCGCCGACUUUGGACACGAAACGUCUUGUUUACACUAUUGACUGGAGCCUUUUAUGACUUCCAUCUCGGUGCCUUUGGCAAUAUGUGGUCGCUAUUCUUAUCAACUCCUCGGUAUCUUGUUCCGACGAAGAGAAGCUUAGAGGCAUCCGAACCUCUGCGCCGAUAUCUUCCUCUCCUGUUUACUGGUGGAAUGGGCAUGCCUGCGUCGACGGUCGGCUUUGCGACGUCUUUUCUAGGAUCCCUGGGGAUGCUACUACAAGUGACUCUGUAUCCUCCCGUUCAAGCCCGUCUCGGCACGAUGAGGUCCUUUCAGUGGUUUCUGUUUCUCUUCCCAGUUGCAUAUUUUGCCGCCCCCUAUCUCUCAAUACUGCCGUCUUGGUCGCCACCUCCCGAGCCAGCGUCGGGAGGCUUCAUCUGGGUGGGAAUUAUUGGCGUCUUGUUUCUCCAGGUAAUGGCUCGCACAUUCACCCUUCCAGCGAGCAUCAUCCUGCUCAACAACUGCAGCCCGCAUCCGAGCGUGCUUGGCACGAUCCACGGCUUAGGGCAGAGCGUAUCUGCACUCUUCCGGACAGUUGGGCCCGUGAUUGGAGGCUGGUGGUACGGCUACGGGCUGGAUAUCGGCAUGGUGGCAUGGGGCUGGUGGGGAGUUGCGGCCAUGUCAGCUCUGGCGUGUGGGACCGCGAUGGGAAUGCAUGAUGGCAGCGGGCAUGAGGUGUUCUUGGAGGGAGAAUUGGAUGACAUGGAGUAG